CAAAAGCAGCGUCCUCAGCCAUGGACGAGCGCAGGCAGCAGGUUUGCAUAGCCAAGCGGUGAACCAUUGGAGUCAGAUGACGAGCUCUGCGACCAGAAGUCCUGGUGCACCUGCUCAGGGGCCGACGCCAGGCUUCAAGAAGAGCGCAAACGCUCCCGGCGGAGGCCUUUCUCGCAUUCUGAACUGUCUGAGCUCAGCGCCUGGAGCCACGACGAGCCCUGUGGGACCCGGCGCCCGGCCUGGCACCCACCCCUGGGAAACCGACUCGCCUCCCCCCGCUGCUCAUCAGGCGGCGGGCGGCGCUGCCAGGGGUAGCGGGGGAGGCGGACCCGCGCCCAUCGCGGAGAGCGCUUGUGACGCUGACGCGGACGAUGCCGCGCACAGCCCGGCCGGCGCGAGCAAUGAGGCAGCGGACCAGGAUCAGGAUCAGCAGCAGCUGCCCAUCCUGGGUCUAGGCCCCAGCUCAGCUUCCUCCAGCAUCCAACAGCUCAUACAGCAACAGCACCAUCAAGCGCGGGCAGCCAACGGACAGCAACCUCAUACUACUACCGCUGCUGCUGCUGCUGCUGCUGCUGCUGCUGCUGCUGCUGCUGCUGCCGGCGGCAGCGGUUGGCUUCGCGAGUCCGGCGUCCUGGCCGGCGGCAGGGCGGCAGGCGCCGGUGGGGUCAGCUUAGCCGGCGGUUCAACGAUGGGCGCCCUACAAGAGUUUGAAGAGGAGGAGGUGGUUGACAUUGACCAGCCGCUCCAACCGCCGCCUCAGCUGUCGCGCCCCACGCUGCUCCAGCCGCACCCGCCCGGCAAUUCGCGCCCGCGGACCGGCGGCGGCGGUGUCGGCGGUGGCGGUGGCGGUGACGGCCCGCGCCCUCGUUCUGCGGGCUCCGGAUGCAGCCCCCACAGUACGGCAGCGGGCGCGCCCGCAGCAGUGGCGGGGGCGGGAGCAGGGCCGGGGCCAGUGGGGCCUGGAGGCGCCGAAAUGGUUGUGGUGUCCCCGGCCGGUAGGCGGCAGUCGGCGGCAUCACUCGCGUCCCCAGAGGCGGCGGGUGGUGGCGGGGGUGGUGGUGGCGGGGGUGGCUCGGAUCGCCUGCAGAUGCAACACAAGGUGGCGUUGCGGCUGCUGGGGCGGGCGGGCGGCGGGGCGGGCGGCGCAAGCAGUGCCGGUUCCGCCGGCACGCCGGCUGGGCUGGCGUCGCCGCCGUUGUCGGCGGCCGGCUCGCCGAGUGGCGCGGGGGCGGGUGGCCAAGGCGGGGCAGCAGCAGGAGCCGGCAGCGGCCGUUCGAGUACCGACGCCGGCAGCCCUUGGGCUACCCUGCCGUCACCGCCCGGAAUGCCCGGAGGCGGCAGCGCGGGAGCAGCAGGGGCGCUGGAUUUGGCGCCGGCGGCGGAGUCGCCAUCUGCGGCGCUGUUUCAGAGUCACUACCAGAAUUCCGCUGCCGGCAGCAACCGCAGCUCAUACGCAGGAGGAGGCGGCGGCGGCGGCGCCGGAACCGGCGGCGGCGGCUCCUCCGUAUACACCUCACCGCUGUUCAGUUUGGUCCCCCGGGCCGACGGCGACGGAGGAAGCGACGACGAGGAGGCGGCGGGGCGCGGCGGCGGUGGCGCUGGCGGCGCUGCCACCGUCGUGAGCAGGACAGCGGCGCUGCUGAGGGCUGGCGGCGGCGGCGCUGGCGGCGCCUACGGACAGCCAAGCAUCCUCAGCCCGGGUUUGGGCGCGGGCUCGAUCAACGGCGCACCCUCGGCGGACUACCUCACCGCCGGCUCCUCCGUACUCUCCCCUGACGGCGUGCCUGCUGCGGCGGGCGGGCCGGGACUGCGCCCUUGGGAUGACCCGCUUUUCGCGCCGUACGACGAUCUGGACGACGGCGGCUCCAUGCCCGUACUUAAUAACCGCCGUAACAACCCGCGCACAACCGUCAACUACCGCUCAUCGGCUCCCGGCAGCCACCACGGCGGCAGCGGCGCUGCCAGUCCUCAGCGCAACCGCACUGAGCGGCACGCGGCGCCGUCUUUGUUGAGUCGUGCAGCCGCCGCCAUCCCCAACGUGCCCUGGCAGCCCGGCACUGGCGGCUGGCCGGCAGUUGACGGAUCCGACGCGGAUCCGGGAUUCAGUUACGGCUUUGAGCAGGACGGCGCGCUUUCGCCGCCCAUGGCGGUUGUGGUUGGGCCCAACGGCGCCGCCUCAGCAACCCCAACCACCGGGCGACGCGUGGAGGUGGGGUCGGCGUACGGCGGCGCACCGAUUUCGGCGGCGCGGCGGUUUGUACCGCAGGAACGCGCGUCGUACGCGGGGCCGAGAUCUGCUUUAGUCAUCCACCGUAUGGAUGGGGUGGACGAGCUGGGGGAUGGCGACCUGUUGCUUGGCGGCGCCAGGGCCGCGGCCGCCGCCGGCGAGGGCGGUCCAUGGGUCGGCAUGCCCGCUUCCGGCGCCGCCGCCGUUUCUGGAUCUGGAUCCACAGCCGCCGCCGUCGAGGAGGGCGCCGCCGGGCGGUUGAAGCGGCUGGAGCUGAGCGCGGAGGAGAAGGAGGCGCUCUUCGGGCGCGCGGGCGGAAUCGGUGCGCUGCCAGCUGUCAUCGCGCUGGGGGAGGGCGGCGAGGGGCUGGUGGAUCUGGUGCGGGUGGAUCUGCCCGCGCCUGCUGGAUCCAGCAGAUCCAAGGAAGACACCGCCGCAGCCGGAUCUGGAUCCGGAUCCGGAAUGGGCCGCACGCUGCACCUGGCGCGCAAGGCCACUCGCACGUGGCUGCCCGCCUAUGCGCCGCGCGCGGGCGGCGGCGGCGGCACGGCGGCGGCGGCGGCGGCCGCGGCGGCGCUGGGGCUCAAAACCAAGACGGUUCCGUACCGGUUCCCGUUCGAGGUGUUUGACCGGGAGGUGCGGGCCAUGAAGGCGGUGCGCGACUGCCCCUUCGUCGUCCGCUUCAUGGCCGCCGCGUACGACCACGAUGUGGGCCAGGGCUUCAUCCUCAUGGAGGCGGCGCCGUACGGCACACUGGAGGACCUGCACGCGGCGCUGUGUCGGAGUCAGGAGGCGCAGGCGCCGCGCCGCGCCCUCCACCUCGCAGCCACUGGGGCGGGCGGCGGCGGUGCCGCGGCCGGAGGCGGUGUCGGUGGCGGUGGCGGGCGCGACAGCGGCGGCUCGCGUCCCGCACUGCUGCAGCGGGCCCUGGCCAAACUCUCCGGCGCACACCGCAAGUCCUCCGCACCGCCCACCCUCAUUCCCGGCGCGCCCGAGGGCGCCGGUCCCCUCGGCGGGGCCGGCGAGAGGCGCAGCACGGGCGGCGGCAUGGGCAUGGGCAUGGGCAUCGGCUCGUGCGGCGCCGGAGCGGCUGCAGGCGGCGGGGGAGCGGGAGGAGCCGGCGCGCUUGCGGCGCUGGAUGCUGCCGCCGCAGCGGCGGCUGCAGCGGCCGAGGCAGGGGGCCAGGCGGGUCACGUGGUGUCGUUCUACCGCACCAGCACCGCGGGCGAUGCCGGGCUCAACGUGGCUGGGUCCGCGGUGUCGACGGGCUCCCUGGCUGCCGCCGGCGCCGCCGGCGGGGCAGCCGGCAGCAGCGCCGCCGCCUGCUGCGCGGCUGCAGCGGCGGGCGGGCCCAGUGCUACAGCCGCGGCUGCAGCGGCUCCGGCCCUGUCCGCGCUGCACGGCGCCGGCUUUGUGUACCGCGACCUAAAGCUGGCCAACGUGCUGGUGUGCGACGGAGGCCGCAUUCGCCUUGCCGAUUUCGGCGCUGCCACCACCGCCCUGCCCGACCGCCCGGGUCGCUUCGGCGGCGUGGCCGGAACCCGCGCCUACCUGGCACCGGAGAUGCUGCCCUGGCUGGAUCCGGAUUCCUCCCCCGGCGCCGGAUCCAGGUCUUCUGGAUCCGGCCCGGAGCCGUACAGCUCCACGGUGGACAGCUGGGGCUGGGGGCUGGUGAUGGUGGAGCUGGCGACUGGCUGGUCCGUGAAGGAGCUGCACGACAGGAUCGUGAGGCGCGUGUGCACGCCCAAGGCCGCCAAGGCCUCGCCUCCCGACCUGCCGCCCCAUUGCGGCCUGCCGCCCCUGCUGCGGCAGCUGCUGCUGGAGCAUGUGCUGGUCCGGGACGCGCGCGCCCGCUGGACCGCAGACCAGAUCCGGACUCACCCCUUCUUUGAGGGACUGGACUGGGCGGGACUGGCGGAAGCCCAAGGGCCGCACGCGCACCUUUUCGCCUCCCGCCGCCACGCCCAGGCGCCGCCGCCCGCCGACCGCCCCGCGGCCGUGGCGGAGCUCCUGGCAUCCGCCUCCGCCACCCCCAACGCUGGAAACACCAGUGCCGUCAGUAGCCCCGCGGCUCGCAUGUCGAGGGCAGGAGGCGGGCCGGGCUUGGGUGGCGGCAGCGGUGGUGGCGUGGCGCUGGUUCAGCCUGGCAGGGCCAGCGGCGCCGCAGCUUUUGUGGUGCCGGGGCUAGAGGAGCAGCUGAUGGCGGCGGCGGCAGCGGCGGCGGCUGCCGGACACCACCACCCACAUGAUGAUGAGGAUGAUGUUGAUGAUGGUGAUGGCCAGAUCUUCAGAAAACUGGAUGCGGAUCCGGAUCCGGAGCUGGAGCUCGCGGCAGCUGGGGGCACGGGCGCGGGCGUUGACCGGCGGCAGGGCUUGGCGGGCGCUGCUGCUGCUGCUGCUGCUGCUGCCCCCGGCGGCGUCAUGACGUUCACGCAGCAGCGCUACAGCUUCGCCGGCAGUGCCGGGCUGGGCGGAGUAGGCGGGGCGGGCCUGUUGGCUGCUAGCGCGGGCAGCCCUGCGGCGAGGCACAGCAGCUACACGGGCGGCGCCCUUGGAAAUGCUGCUGGUGGCGGAGGUGGAGGUGGUGGCGGCGGUGUGGGUAAGGGCGCGGGCGGCUCGCCAGCAUCAGGGGUCUUGCUGGUGGCAACCCCAGGCUCCCCCAGCCUGCCCGCACAUCAUCAGCAGUACUCGCAGCAGCCACAGCCGCAUCACGUGCAGCAGGGCGCGGGCGCGGGCUCGCCCUUGCCUUGGCAGACCCAGCCGUCCAUGCCGCACCGACUGAGCAGCGGCGGCGGCCCGGGCAGCGGCGGCGGCGGGGGCGGCGGCGGCGCGGGUGGCGGCAGUGCGGCGACGGCUGCUGGGGGCGGUGUCGGCGGCUUUGGCGGGAUGGCUGUGGGCACGGGCGGCGCGGCUGCGCACCGUCUCAGCAACGCCGGCGGGGGGCUGCUGAUUGGACCGAUGGUAAUGGGCGGUGGCGGCGGCGGUGGUGGUGGUGGUGGUGGUGGUGGUGGUGGUGUCGGUGGCGGUGGUUUGAACAGCCCGGCCGGGAGCCUGGGUGCGGGCAGCACGGGUAGCCCGUCAGGCGCGGCGGGGGCGGCGGGGGCCGGGGGUGUGAUGGCCGGGCCUCGGCGCUUCCUGCGCAAGAUGCUGUCCAGCGGCAACGGCGGCAGCGCUUACUAAAGACGAGAGUAUGCAUUAAUGCUGUUGGAGUGCGGGCUGUCACGGUGCGAAUGGCGCCUGCUGCGCGCCCACGCACGGUGGGAGUUUAAAUAGGAGGUUUACAUAAGUUGGGGCAGGUUAGCAAUCACAUGGUUGGUUGGCCGACAGAGUUUUCAUCGGCUAGCUUGCCCCGACAGCAACUUUCACUUUAUAAGAUGGCAGCCGGCAGGGCCGAGCCGUGUGGUCGCCCAAUGGCUGCGCGAGCGUGGCGGCCUUAGUUGCGGCGGACGCGGGGGCCGCCGCUGUGUUCUUGCGGGGUAAGAGGCGGCGUUUGCAUGCAUAAGCGGAAUUCGUGCCUUAACGGAAAUGCUCGCUAGUGAAUGCAAAUGCGUACCGAAAUGCCUGCUAGUGGAUGCAGCAGCGUACCAAAAUGUUUGCUAGUGAAUGCAAGUGCCAGGCGCCGUGAAUGUUGAUGGAAGAAGCGACGCCGUAAGCCAUGGGACGCAUAUCGGAUCUACCGCACGUGACCUACCUAAGCCGCCGUGAUGCCGCAUGGUCUGCGUUGUGCAUGCCGAAACAUGGCCAGAAAGGCCGGGUAAAAGUUUUAUGACGGUAGUUUGGGUGGAUGCAGGCGCGUGGAUGCAGGCGCGCUCCGGAAGGAUGGAUGGUUCUUUUUCAUUGAGAGAGUGGUUGCAAUGGCAAACAAAGGGGAAAGGAAAGCUUACCCGUUUUACUUAAGCAGGAAUCGGACCGCAGUGGCAGGGCGGCAUUGCAAGUGAAGCAUAGCGCGCGCAAGAUGAUAUGCAAGCCGCAGGAGCAGGGCGUGCGUGGGUGCGUGUUGUUGCUGCCUCAUGCCGCCGGACAGGCGUGUGUGUUUGUGUGCGUGGGUGUACACGAUGGCAGGUACGCGUGGUGGGGGAUGGCGGCGCGCCGCGAGGCACGUCUGUUUUGGCUAUAUCGACGAUGGCAGGGGCCCAAACGCACGGCACGCCUGUAGAUUGAGUGAUCAGUGACAGUGAUGUAGGGUGAGCAAGCUACCAGAAGUGAUUGAUGGUGCCUACAGUCAAAGAGAGUUAUGGGGUCUACAGUAAUCGUGACAUGGCGGGGCUGAGGUCGGAGUACAGUAUCGGCGUGCUGCUGGUGAGGCUCAGGGGAGGCAGGUGAAGGCAAAUUGGGGGAAAGUGAGAAAGAGGGAGGAAAGCAGGGUGCACAACACGGUUGACGCGCUCCCCUCCUCUCGCGGCGCAGCGACACAUAAGUCGGUAACGGGCACGCACUUUUGCGACUCCUGUAUUAUACAUAGCCGGUGAAUACCUAGUAGAAGCAAGAGCAGGGAGCAUACGGUCGCAGGUGUGUAGGGCCUGAGUCCGGUAGACCCACAGCUGUAACAAGCUGCGCAU